CUUAGUUCUCCUCACACCAUCAACACAUCUUAGCUUAAACUCCAUAGACCUUCUUCCUCUUCUAGUUCUUCAACAAGCUAUCAAGACAUAAAAAACCCAUGUCAAAUCUUCAUCCACCGCAACCGUCCGAAACACCUCCAUGGGAAACGCCGUCUUCAAAAUGGUAUACUCCAAUAAACACACCAUGGAGAACAACUCCAAGAAGCACAAAUUCAACUCCGAGUACAACACCAAUAGCUCUUACCGAAGUGACUGUGUCUAAAUCACCUUUAUCUCGCCAGAAUAGCCCUACAACGCCUAAGCUAGACGGUAUCGAAACACAGCCUUUACACGAGACGAUGGUUCUCUUGCAGCUAAGAACAACCCGAACCAGUCCAUGGAUCUGGUGUGGUGCAGCUUUGUGUUUUAUCUUCAGCAUACUUCUUAUAGUCUUUGGGAUUGCUACUUUGAUUCUCUUUCUCGCCGUCAGACCAAGAACCCCUGUUUUCGACAUCUCUAAUGCAAAGCUCAACACCAUUCUCUUCCAGUCACCCGUUUACUUCAACGGUGAUAUGUUGUUGCAGUUGAAUUUCACCAACCCAAACAAGAAACUAAAUGUGAGGUUUGAGAAUCUUCUCGUAGAGCUCUGGUUUGCCGACAUAAAGAUUGCCACACAAGGUGUCUUGCCGUUUUCGCUAAGAAACAGUAAGACUAGGCUAGAACCGAUCCGUUUGAUUUCAAAUUCGAUCUUCUUGCCUGUAAAUCAUAUAAUUGAGCUCAGAAGACAAGUGACCAGCAACAGGAUAGAUUAUGAAAUCAGAAGUAAAUUCAAAGUGAAAGCUGUUCUUGGCUUUGUUCCUUAUUCGUAUUGGCUGCAUGGGAGUUGUCAGCUUCAAUUGACCAGUCCACCAGCCGGUGGCUUAGUUUCUCGGAACUGCACUACUAAAAGAUGGUGAAGAACAGCGGUCAUCUUCAAAUUUUCUAGCUUUGCCACUCUUAUUUUGCCCAUUCACAAGAUGUAAAGAGGAAUCAAGAUUCAAUAGACUCUGUGCAAGAACCGAGAUAAGAGUCUGUUCUGUAUUGGUAAGAUAGAUUAGUAAUUAUGAUUGGUGUAAUUAAAUGAGUCAAAGAGAUAAUUCUUAUAAGGCCAUAUAUUAUAAUCCCUUAUUCCAACAUGCUACAAGAUUACUAAAAUCUUAUCCAUAUUUGAUCCACAAGACACAAUCUCAAAGAACAAGGAUCUCACAGUAAAUUCCUAUGUUGGUUCCUUAAGUGUUUAAGUAAUCAAAAGAAUUAUAUUCAAAGUAAAAAGUGAAAGUGCAACAGAGCUCCGAAGGAAACAGGCAGCUGUGAAGUGUCUCAGAGGGUUGAUAUGCUGACGUGGCGCGACGUGCUGACGUGGAGAAAUAUUGUGGACACAAUGACAAGCUGCGUGAGAAGGAAGGAAGAAGAGAUCAAGAUAUACUUGAAGAUAUUAAGAGUAUAUUUGAUUAGUUGGGAUAAGGGAAGAUAUUCUCUUAGGGAUAAUGAAUAAUUCAUUUUAGUUAGGAUACACAAGAUCUAGGUUAGAGAUCGUGUGUGUGGGGUUAUAAAAUGACGAGGGCUAGCCGAAAAAAGAGUUAGCACUCGUGGGAUAAAGUUGUGAAUUUUGUAAACCUUCAAGCAAGUACA